UUAAUACAAGUAACUAACAUUCAGAAUUUCCACUCUUUAAGUAAGACAAGGAAAGGGGAAAAAAAAAAAUUCAGCAGAGAGAGAAUCAAGGAGAAAGGUUGAGAAAGAUAGAGAGAAAAAUAAUGAGAAAAGAUUGCCAUCCUUUGUUGAAAGGAAAAACAGGAGAGAGGAAAUAUAGACAUGGAUUUUCUUCAGCAGAGAUGAAAGCACUUUCUAGUAUAUGUGAGACUGUGUUGCCUCCAAUUUCAAUUCCAGGAAAAGGAGGUCAUGAAAUUAGCAAGCCUGUGCAGGCCUUUUUUAAAGCUUCUGGCUUUGAGAACCCUGUUCCUGAUCAGAUUGCAGAGCUUUUAGUGAAGAGAGCAAUAAUAGAAGGUUUGAUUCUGGUGAGAUUGGUAUUGCUGGCUUUAUCUACAAGACUGGGCACACUUUUGCUUUGUGGGUCUCUUUGUUUUGGAGAGAAAUGGCCUUAUCUCAAUACUUUUUCAAGUAUUUCUUUGGAUAAGAGAGAGAAAAUAAUGCAGAAGUGGUUCAAAAACAGAUUUUUCACUCCUAUUAGACUUGUUUUCCAGCUUAUCAAAGUUGGCUGCCUUUACACUUUCUUCGCUCAGGCUGAUGAGAAUGGUAAAAAUCCAGCUUGGGAAGCAAUUGGCUAUUCCGUAGACACUGACGAGAUUGCAAACCAAGUUCCACAAGAAAGGCCUCUUCAAGAAGGAAUAAUAGAAACUAUGCAAGAAAAUGAAUCAACCCUUAUGCACAAUCUUACCCAAAAAGGCCUCAAAGUUACAAAAGAUCCAAAGAAGAAAAUCUGCAAAAUCAAUUGUGAUGUUGCCAUUGUUGGCUCAGGCUGUGGUGGUGGUGUUGCUGCUGCUGUUCUUGCAACUUCAGGCCAGAAGGUUCUUGUUCUUGAAAAAGGAAACUAUUUCACCGCUAAAGAUUAUUCUGGUCUUGAAGGCCCUUCUCAUGACCAGUUAUAUGAAUCAGGAGCAAUUCUUCCAACUACAGAUGCAAAUUUAAUGAUAAUGGCAGGAUCAGCGGUUGGAGGAGGUUCUGCUAUCAAUUGGUCAGCCUGUAUUAACACACCACAAUCUUUACUUCAAGAAUGGAGUGAAAAUCACAAACUCAAGCUGUUUGGAACCGCUGAAUAUCUUUCUGCUAUGGAAACUGUUUGUCAGAGAAUUGGAGUUACAAGAAAUUGCGUGGAGGAAGGAUUUCAAAAUCAAGUGCUGAGAAAAGGGUGUGAAAAUCUUGGCCUUGAAGUCAACACAGUCCCUCGAAAUUCGUCGGAGAAGCAUUACUGUUGGUCUUGCGGGUAUGGUUGUCCAACAGGAGAUAAGAAAGGUACUGAUACGACAUGGCUUGUUGAUGCUGUUAAUCAUGGAGCAGUAAUCUUAACAGGGUGUAAGGCAGAGAGGUUCAUUUUAGAAGAAAAUAAGAAAAAAGGAAGUAGAAGGCAAAAGAAAUGCUUGGGAGUAAUUGCAAAAACCUUAAACAACAACAUUCAUUUAAGAUUACAAAUAGAGGCCAAAAUAACAAUAGCAGCAUGUGGAGCUCUUCUUACACCACCUUUAAUGAUUUCAAGUGGAUUAAAGAAUCCAAACAUCGGUCAGAAUCUUCAUCUCCAUCCGGUACUAAUGGCUUGGGGCUAUUUUCCUGAUUCGAACAAAGACUUGAAAGGAAAAUGUCAUGAAGGAGGAAUAAUUACAUCAGUACAUAAGGUAAUCUCAAAUGACAACAAUCUUAGAGCUAUAAUAGAAACUCCUCAAUUAGGGCCAUCUGCAUAUGGUGUACUUUGUCCAUGGGAAUCUGGACUUGACAUAAAGAAAAGGUUAGUAAAGUAUUCAAGAACUGCUCACUUGAUAACAAUAGUAAGAGAUCGAGGCGCCGGUAAAGUCAAAACAGAAGGAAGAAUAAGCUAUAACUUAGAUCCAUUCGACAUGGAAAAUCUCAAGGCAGGACUAAGGCAAUCACUCAGGAUUUUAGUAGCUGCAGGAGCAGUUGAAGUGGGUACACAUAGAAGCGAUGGACAAAGACUACAAUGUCAAGGGAUUACUAAAAAGGACUUGGAAGAGUUUUUGGACACAGUUUUUCCUUGUAGAGGGAUUCUGUCACCAGUAAAAGAUUGGAUGAUAUAUAGUUCUGCUCAUCAAAUGGGAAGCUGCAAAAUGGGGAUUAAUGAAAAAGAAGGAGCAGUUGAUGAGAAUGGAGAGAGUUGGGAAGCAGAAGGCUUAUUUGUUUGUGAUGCUAGUGUUUUGCCUAGUGCCGUUGGUGUUAAUCCGAUGAUUACUAUACAGUCUACUGCUUACUGUCUCUCAAAAGGAAUUGCAGAGUCUUUGAAGGAGACAACAACAUCAAAUUUAGAGGAUUGUACUCCAUCUAUCCCGCGUAUAUAGGCCUCGUCUCCUUUUUUAUUCGUCUCAUAUAUUGUUGUCUGUUUCCUGUCAGUUUUCUAUUUUACCCCAAUUUAAUAACAUAUAUAAGAAUAAAUGCAGUGAUCUAAUACUCUAUAA